UUUUGGGGUUAGUUUUUGUGGUUGUUCCAAGUCUCUAAUAGCUCUGCCUUCUCGAUCUCUCUCUUCCUCUUUUCGACAAGCCAUAACGUUUAUGCAAUUCAUUUAAUUUAGUUUUUUUUUUCCUUUUCUUCUUGCUUUUUUUUUUGGUCAGCUUGUGGUUUCCAUUUUGAUUCAUCGAAUUGUGACGCGUUUUUUCCUUUUUUUUUUUUCAAAAAUUUCUCGUUUUUAUCUUAUAUAUGCAGUGCUUGUAAAUGGAUUCAAUUUUGUGAAGUGAGAGAGUUUGUUAUUUUUUUCUUUGCUUAUAUUUGUUUUUCGCGAGUUAUCUUUGAUCUGUGGCUUGAGUGAACCCGAGCUCUGAGGCUCGGGGAACUGAGGAUCCGAAAAGCUGAUGGCAGGCGAGAGUGGCAGUGAUGCUGGACCCGACUCCAGUCCUUGUUAUUUGCAGAAAUUCAGACUCUACGAGACUCGCUCGAACUUCUAUAUGAUUGGAAGAGACAAGAAUAGAACUCUUUGGAUGGUACUAAAGAUUGAUCGGUUGGACCCAUCAGAACUUACUGUUAUUGAAGAUUCUACAGCAUACUCGGAAAUUGAAUGCUUUGAUCUGUUAAGAAGGAUACAUGAAGGAAACAGGUCCUCAGGCGGACUUAAAUUUGUUACAGCUUGUUAUGGAAUUGUUGGGUUUAUAAAAUUUUUGGGAUCUUAUUCCAUGAUGCUGAUCACAAAAAGAAAGAAGAUUGGUGCAAUUUGUGGCCAUACUGUCUAUGCCAUUUCCAAGAGCGAGAUGAUACCGAUUUCAAAAUCUCCUAAUCAGUCCAAUAUGGCUUAUUCUAAGAAUGAAAAAAGAUACAAGAAGCUUCUCUUGACAGUGGAUCUCACAAAGGACUUCUUUUUCAGCUACACAUACAAUGUCAUGCAUAGUCUUCAAAGGAAUUUAUGUAGGAAUGAGACAGGAGAAGUACACUAUGAAACAAUGUUUGUCUGGAAUGAGUUCUUAACUCGAGGGAUUCGCAAUACUCUCAAGAAUACUUUAUGGACUGUUGCUUUGGUAUAUGGCUUUUUCAAGCAGGUGAAACUUUCUGUCUCUGGCAGGGAUUUUUGUUUAACUCUCAUUUCAAGACGUUCUCGACAUUAUGCUGGGACAAGAUACAUGAAACGUGGAGUUAAUGAGAAAGGUAGAGUGGCAAAUGAUGUUGAGACAGAACAAAUUGUGUUUGAAGAUGUUCAUGAAGGGUGCCCUACACAAAUAAGUUCUGUUGUCCAGAAUAGAGGCUCUAUUCCACUUUUCUGGUCUCAAGAAACUUCACGCUUGAAUUUGAAACCGGACAUUAUAUUAUCAAAGAAAGAUCCAAAUUAUGAGGCCACAAGACUACAUUUCGAAGAUCUUGUUAGGAGAUACGGAAAUCCAAUAAUCAUCUUGAAUUUGAUAAAGAGGUUUGAGAAGAAGCCUCGUGAAUCUAUUCUUCGUGCAGAGUUUGCAAAUGCCAUCAGAUUUAUCAAUAAAAGCUUAUCCAAAGAGAACCGUCUGAGGUUCCUUCACUGGGACCUGAACAGACACUCCAGAAAAGCUACAAAUGUGUUGACACUUUUAGGCAGAGUGGCUGAUUAUGCAUUAAACUUAACGGGCAUAUUUUACUGUCAAGUAACAUCAAAUCGUAGACAAGAUGGGUUAUUGACUUUAUCUUGCUUAGUGAAAAGUGAUGAGUGCCCUGCCAAAAUUCCUUCGGAAAAAAGUGAUGAUUUUGAGAAGUGGGAAACAGAUGUUGCUAAUGAUAAUGAGAGCAUUAGUGAGAAUGCAAAACCUCCCAUGUUUCAAACUGGAGUACUCAGAACCAAUUGCAUUGACUGUCUUGAUCGGACUAAUGUUGCUCAAUAUGCCUAUGGAUUGGUGGCUCUUGGACACCAGCUCCAUGCUAUGGGCUUCACAGAAUCCCAAACUAUUGAUCAAAACAGUCCUUUGGCUGAGGAUUUAAUGAGUGUUUAUGAAGCAAUGGGUGACACACUUGCUUUACAAUAUGGUGGUUCUGCGGCACACAACAAGAUAUUUUGCCAGCGGAGAGGCCAAUGGAAAGCAGCAACUCAGUCACAAGAGUUCUUCAGAACUUUGCAACGCUAUUAUAGCAAUGCAUACAUGGAUGCAGAGAAGCAAAGUGCAAUUAAUUUGUUCUUGGGUCACUUUCAGCCGCAACAGGGUAAACCAGCCCUCUGGGAGUUGGAUUCAGUCCAACACUAUUCAAUAGGAAGGAAUGGUCCUAAUCGUUAUAAUGAGAAUGCUAGGCCAUCUUUUAAAAGAUCACUGUCUGAUGGCAACAUUGUCUGUGACAUGGACUCACCCUUGGCUCCUUCAAAUAUUGGACACCGUCAGCCUUUGUGUGAAAAUAGAGGAACUUUUAAUGGUCUUUCUGAGUCCACUCCAGAGAUCCCAACAUCUGAAAUUUCUUAUUCCAGAAUGUCUUGCAGGCAGCUUUUCGGAGAUAUGGAGGACCAAUUUCUUGAAAUUGAUGGUAUUUGUUAUGAUGAAAAUGGUGAUGAAUGUAAUUGCACCAAUUUUGAUCUGGACUGGCCUUCGUCAUCAGGAAAUUCAUGUGAUGAUGAUAUAUUUGACAGAUCUACAACAGGCCUAUCCUCAGAAAAUAUUGGCGCUGAACUAAAAAUUGAUAUGACUACAUCUCCAAGUGAGUCCGGUUCAAGCAUAAAGGGAGGGGACAGAACUGCAUCUGAACUCACUUGUGGCCGUAUUCUGGAUGAAUUUUCUGAGAGUUUUGUUAAUUGGGUAACUCAUGGAGAUAUGCUUAUUCCUUCAAAGUUUAUCUCAAAAGUAGUUCCAUGAUAAAAUAUUGUUUCAACAACCAAAUCGAACCCAUCCGAAGGAUGUGUAUUCAUUUCUAAAUAAAAAAAUAAAACAAAUGUGAUGAGAUUGAACCAAGGAGAAGAGUUGUGGUUUCUGCUGAGGAAAAAAGUAAGGUUGAACUGGGAAGAAAAUAGAGUUAUGGCAUCUGCUGAGGAAAAAAGUAAGCUUCGACUACGGAUUACAAUUGCACAGGGAAGGGAUAGCUUUUGGAGGAAGCAAAAUUUGUACAUAGCUAUGAUUUACUUUGGAUCUCUGACCAACUCAAUCUGCAAAAGAUUGUAAACGUGAAAUACCACAGGUGUCGGCCCUGUAAAUAUUUCAAUAUUUUGUUAAAUAGAUAUUCUUCUCAACCCUUUCGACAUUAUUUGCAUGCUUGUAAUACCUUAUAGUUAAACUAUUUUUCUUUUGGAAAUACCAUCUCUGCAUUCAAAAUUUA